GUUUCUUUUAAAGGCACAGACGCGUCCUUGUGGAGUGUUAAAAUAAAAGCGAUGGCAGCGGUUGUUCUCCCACUCAGCCCAGAGUCCGAAUGUCCCAGGACACCAGUAAAAACCAGCAAAGUGCGACCCGCUCGCGGGCAGCGGGAUAGCCGUGAGGCGGUUUCCUGCCCCUCGCGCACAGAGCUUCCUGUGCCCUCGAGGCUCUCAGACACGCCUCCUGCCCGAACUUCACAACAACCGGACCCCCGAGCCCCGGUACCGGUCCUGAUCGCCCAGCGAGGAGCCGAGCCCCGGCACCGGUCCUGAACGCCUAACGGGGAUCCGAGCCCCGGCACCGGUCCUGAACGCAGAAGGGAAAGUACAGGGGUUCGGCUGGACGCUGCUUAGCCGAGUAGUGUAAAUUCAGAUUAUCGACAGUGCGACGAAGGGGUGAAGAGUUUACGGACUGGUAACGCCCGUGUCUGUGUCCGUCUGUCCUGCUUCGUGCGUGCUGAUACUGAUGUGAGGGCGAAGGUCCUGAGGCGGUACGCGCUGCAUCUGUCGAGGUGUGGACUCACGUGUGGUCAGCUGCAGAGAGCGGGCAUGCGGGGGUCAGUGUCGCGUGGAGCUGACUAGCCCCCUGGAGCACCAUGGGAGCGCUGUGCGGGCGGCGCCCGAAGGGGGCGCUGCAGCUGGCCCUGUGCCUGCUGGCGCUGGGGGCCGUGUGUGCGGGCGCCCUGCUGUACAGCCACCUGAGGCACACGACGCGCUCGCUGGAGGUGCAGACUGCCAGACACCGCCAGCAGCAGGAGGCACUGUCUGCGCAGCUGCAGGUGGUGUAUGAACAUCGCUCGCGCCUGGAGAGGUCACUGCAGAAGGAGAGAGUGGAGCACAAAAAAACCAAGGAAGAUUUCCUGGUCUACAAGCUGGAGGCCCAGGAAUCCCUGAACAAGGAGAAGCAGGAUGCCAUGAACAGACACAGCGCCCUGAGCUCCCAGCUCAGCAUCCUGAAGACCCAGGUGGCCGAGUUCCAGCAGCUCAAGCAGGCACUGCAGAAGGUGCCUGGACUGAAGGACCCCGGCGUCCUUCCCCAGCUCAGCUUCAGAGGGCAGCCCCAGCGUCCUGGGGUGGAGCAGCCGCUGCCCGUCAUCCAGAAGGUUUCCAGAGAGAUGUUCCCUCCCAGCCAUGCCCCUGGUGUGGGUGGGGCCAAGGGUUCGGCCGCACCUCCAGGCUCUGAAGGCAAGGCUGUGAUUGGCCAGCAGGCUCCUGCUGGGGUGGAGCCAAGACGGGAUCUGAACACAGAUGUGAAAAAAGAAGGUGGAGUCAGCGAAAUCCAGAACCGGAAUAUGGUGGCGCCUGUGGCUGCCAGCCAGCUGGAACUGAGGCUCCGAAGAGCUCCGGCCAGCAGACCCACAGGAAACCAGCGGGCCGAGCCGACUGGGCCCAAGUUGAAGAGGCAGGGUGUUGGGCAGCUGGAGAGGUAGAGUGGGGAUCCUGUGCUCCUUUCCAUCUGCGUCACGUGUAUCUAGAGAGGGGGUGGAGAGGAAGAAGAGGACGAUUGAGAGAUGAGGAAGAGGAAGACUGCAGGAAUGA